AAAAAAAAUUGUAGAUAAAUACAACAUCACCAAAUCAAAUCAAAUCGGAAAUCCACCUGAAACUUUGGGCGGCUUGGCUUUUAGUCCGUCACAAGCUUAAUCUUCGUAUUCUUCGUCUGAUCAUUAUGGCUUCUUCAGAUACUGAUAUGGAGAACUGUGUAUACGAGGACCUCGAUGGGGACAUGAAUGACGAAGAAAUUGGCAUAGCGAACAAGUAUUGGGAUGCAGAAGGCAAAAUGGAGACUGAACCUGAAACUGCACUUUCUGGGUUUGCUGAUGUUGUUAAGAUGAGCCGAAACCAUGAUAACUGGUGUCUCAUAGCUCUUGAGCGGACUGUGCAGAUUUAUUGUAGUCGGGGUGAACACGAAAAAAUUAAGGAUGUGCAUAGAGAGAUGCUUAAGUUUACCAAGUCUCCCUACUUUUAUUCUUCCAUAACCAGUAUUACAGACUUCGUCUCUAGCUCUUUUAGCGACAACUUUGACCUGCUGGAAGAGUUUUAUCAGACCACCUUGCAAACCCUCGAAGAGAGUAAGGGAAGCUCUCAGGCACUCUGGUUCAAAACGAAUCUGAAACUCUGCAACACCUUGUUUGACCUUCGUAAAUACCCACAAAUUAGUAAGAUCCUCAAGGAACUCCAUAGAUAUUGUCAGAAUGAAGAUGGCACAUAUGCUAAGAACAAAGGAAGUCAGGUGUUUGAGGUUUUUGCAAAUGAAUUUCUGCUCUACAUUGAAACAAAUGAUAACAAAGAUCUUAAGAUGCAACAACUGUACCAGAAGGCAUUUUCCGGCAAAUUCGAUACAAGUGAUCAUACGGUCAUUGGUAUAGUACGCGAAUGUGGUGGAAAAAUGCACUUGGCAGAACGUCAGUGGGAAGAAGCUGCCAUUGACUUCCGUGCGGCUUUUGCAAACUAUAAUUUAGCUCGUAACCAGAGACGUAUAAAGUGCCUAAAGUAUGGUCUUCUGGCGAAUAUGAUGGGGUCGAAAGUGAAUCCAUUUGACCGGGAGACUGCAAGGCGGUACGAAAACAACCCUGAGAUCUUGGCAAUGAAAGCUUUGAUAGAAGCUUAUGAAAAAAAUGAUUUUGCAGAGUUUCAGAGAAUAUUAAAGUCCAUGGAUGAUCCAUUUAUCAAAACCUACUACAUGGAAGAUCUAGAUAUGUUAAAGAAGGUGAGAACACAAGUGUUACUGAACCUGAUAAAGCCAUAUGCAAAUAUAGGGAUUCAGUUCAUAUCAACGAAACUAGGCAUGUCAGAGACAGAAGUUACGGAGUUGCUGAGGUCGCUGAUACUCGACAGUCAAAUCGAUGGGUCUAUUGAUGGAGUGAACGGUUACUUGCUGUUGACCAAAUUAUAGAAACGGUUACUUGCUUAAAUGGAGCAGCCAACAAACUCAGUUCUCUUUUGCUUGGUAUCACCAACGGCGGAAUUUAGUAGCCUAGGCAUCCGGUUAAUUCGGUUCUUCUCUUAUAGUUUUUCGGUUUGUACCAAAUCCCGCCGAAUUGAACAGAGUAAAUAUACGGUUCGAUUGGUUACAGUAAAUUUUGGGUAAAGAAAAAGCUGCCGAAAUCACGCAAUCUCGGUUCGGUUAUUCGUAA